UGUGGUUUGAAAUAGGAUCGGUGUUGUUGUUUUGUGUUGCAAAAGUUUUCAUUUUGGUUGACUUUAAACUCCCGUUUGGUCAUUUCCAUGUGAAUCGAACUCGUCGCUACAAUUUUUUUUGCCGACAAAAGCUAACUCGAGCUAACUUGCAAGGAAUCUCAGUUUUAUUUUUGAAUUAAAAUUUAAAAAUUAAAAGUCAGCAACAGGAAGCGCAGUUGAGAUUUGAAAGGUGUACGGACAACAAACUCCUGAUUUAUUCGCUGCAAUAAGAGUUAAAUCUCCCCACCUACCUAACUAAGUUCUUCUGAAACCGUCAGAAGCAUCGGCAAAAAAUGAUCAAACCUAAUUUUUACAAAAUUGAGUUGAACAAGACAGAAUGGGAGGUUCCAAUGAAGUACCAGAGCCUCACACCUGUUGGAUCCGGAGCAUACGGACAAGUCUGUUCGGCUUAUGACACAGAACGCAAGAUCAAAGUUGCCAUCAAAAAGUUGGCUCGACCCUUCCAGACACCCAUCCAUGCCAAGAGAGCAUUCAGGGAGAUUCGACUGCUCAAACACAUGCACCAUGAAAAUGUUAUUGGUCUGCUGGAUGUCUUCACACCAACCGUUCACACGAAAGAUUUUGAAGAUGUUUACAUGGUCAGUUUGUUGAUGGGGGCCGACCUGAACAACAUCGUCAAGACUCAACGUCUCAGUGAUGAUCAUGUUCAGUUUCUCAUCUAUCAGAUUCUCAGAGGGCUAAAGUACAUCCAUUCGGCUGGCAUCAUACAUAGGGAUUUGAAACCGAGCAACAUAGCUGUGAAUGAGGAUUGUGAACUGAAGAUACUUGACUUUGGACUUGCCCGCCACACAGAUGAUGAGAUGACGGGGUAUGUGGCCACGAGAUGGUACAGAGCUCCUGAGAUCAUGCUCAACUGGAUGCAUUACAAUCAGACUGUUGAUGUUUGGUCAGUUGGAUGCAUCUUGGCAGAGUUGAUUAUGGGCAAACCUCUCUUCCCAGGGACCGACCACAUUGACCAGUUGAAGAAGACCAUGAAGCUGACGGGCACACCCAACCAGGAACUUCUCAGCAAGAUCACCAGUGAUGAGGCGAAGAAGUUCAUUCAGUCGUUGCCUGUCAUGUCGAAGAAGGAUUUUAAGGCAUACUUCCAUGGAGCCAACCCCCUAGCCAUAGAUUUGAUUGAAAAAAUGCUGAACCUUGACCCCGACCAUCGCAUCACCACAGAACAAUCACUGGCACAUCCAUACCUUGCCCAAUACUCGGACCCCUCUGAUGAACCGACUGCUGAACCUUUUGAUCAGUCCGUUGAGGAGAAGGACCUGGACAUCAAUUCGUGGAAAAAAUUGAUAUACGAAGAGAUCUGCAGUUUUGUGCCACCAGAAAUCAUUGACUAA